UGGGGAGGAGGAGAACCGAUCGUCCUCCCCUUUAAUUUCGAGGACGGGGGAAAAAAAUGGAGUCGCGGUGAACUGUAAAUUCAGAAAAAAAAGCCUGCAAAAAAUAUUCCGCUCUCCAGUGAGAAGUGAAAGCGGCGCGCGGGGGCGAUGUACAGGAGUGGGCCGCCGUCCAGCAGCUGGGGUCUCGAAUAGUCGUUUGCCACGGUCGCAACGCGCGGGGGGGGUGGUGGGAAGCUUUAAUGGAGAAUUGGGGGGGGGAAACUUCGAAUAUAGGAGACGUGAUGGAGAAAUAAAUCGGAGAGGCAAGUGAGGGGCGCUGCGACUUUCAUCCAUCCGCGAGCUACUCGAACGUGAGGUCACCCAGCGGCUCCCCCACCGCACCCAAGCCUCUGGAAGGACCGGCCGAUCGACUGCUAGUCUGCCACCUCGGGGUGACCCGGGCCGCGGCAGGAGCGCAGGACUUGUUGCGUUUAAUUACACGAAAUUAGGAGCCGGGAGGACGAGGCGACAUGGAUGCAGCCUGGAGCAAUUUCCUAUUUCAGACUCAGCCUACGCAGGCUCAGGCGACGGACUCUCUGCAGGUGGAGCUUCUUCCUGUUCUGGAGGCCCCUCCGCCGGCUCCGGCAGCCACCUCGAUCACCCCGAUAACUCCAUCUCCUCCCUCCACGGUGGACACCGCUGCCCUAAGCCAAGAGACUGAUUCGGGUGUGGAUGCCAGCUCUGUGAAUCGCGGCCAGAAACGGCCAAGGGCUGUGGUGAGCCACAUCUGCUCCACCUGCUCCAAGCAAUUUAAGAAUGGCUACAACCUGCGGCGACACCAAGCCGUCCACACUGGGAUCAAACGUGAGCAGAGGGAGCUACCCAGAGUCCCCGUCAGUCUCCUUGAGCUUCCGGGCAGUGACGUCAGUGCGGCGCUGCCCAUCACGGUCACACAGCAGCCUGCAGGCUCCAUUUCCACCGAGACGGUGACAGCCAAUACCCAGCCCAUCCUGGGGGCUGCUGUGUUGGCGAGCGCCGUUCAAACUCCCGAGAGCAGUAAUGCGCGGCGUGUGAGGAAGAACCACGCGUGUGAGGCCUGUGGGAAAGCGUUCCGUGACGUCUACCACCUCAACCGACACAAGUUGUCCCACUCGGACGAGAAGCCUUUCGAGUGUCCCAUCUGCCAGCAGCGCUUCAAGAGGAAAGACCGCAUGAGCUACCAUGUGCGGUCCCACCAGGGGGGUGUGGAGAAGCCCUAUGUAUGCCCACAUUGCGCCAAGGGCUUCUCUAGGCCAGACCACCUCAACAGCCAUGUACGGCAAGUUCAUUCCACGGAGAGACCCUUCAAGUGCCAGACCUGCGAGUCUGCCUUUGCCACAAAAGACCGCCUCCGGGCACACAUGAUCCGGCAUGAGGAGAAGGUGCCCUGCCACGUGUGCGGCAAGCUGCUCUCCGCCGCCUACAUCACUGACCACAUGAGGGUGCACAACCAGUCGCAGAACCACGUCUGUGAGACCUGCAACCGAGGCUUCACCACGCUGGCCUACCUUCGUGUGCAUGCCCAGAAGCACCAUGGGCUGAGCUGGCGCCCUGCGGGGGGUGCAGGCGGGACUCUGGUGUGCCAACUUUGCGGCGUGCACUGCAAGACCGCGUCGCAGCUCAGCGGGCACAUGGGAACGCACAACAACAGACAGAACGCAGAGGGCGGGACACCCCAGGGCACCGGGGACGCCAACCUCACUGCAAGCAGCUAACGGGGGUGCAGUGACUCCGAUGCAGGUCCAGAUAGCACCUGUCCCCACUCAGCCAAUCAGAUUGAUGUGAGUGUGGCCCAGAAUGCCACCCUGGAGAUGCAGUGCCCGCCCCCAGAGACAACAACUUCGUUGCCACAGGCCUGGUGAUUGGGGAAGGCCGAGGCGGUGCCACUGCGGGGGACACGGCGCCGGGUCUCCUCUAUUGCAGACUGCCAAGAGGGCACCCUGGCCAAAGAGAUGCGGGGCACUUUGAUUUGCCUGAAUGCCAAGUGGUCAAACACAGGACUUAAUUAAGCAUCACACCAACCCCUUGCAGGACAGCCGGCAGGGGCCUCAGAAGGAUGUGUGGCACUUGUUGGACUCUGGUGCUGAACCCCACCACUCCCCCUCGCCCCUCACCCCUCACCCGGUCCUCUUGGCACGUUUUGUAAAGACCUGCUCCACCAUGUAAACGGCAUGCUGUAUUACUUAUGUAUUUUUUCCCCCUUUUUUUUAAUUUUCUCUCUCCAAGCUUGAAUGUUUCAUUUCUCUUGUUUUUGGGUGGAGCCUCCCCAUGAGUGGCGUGGGCAGCGGAUUGCCAGUGCAUAUGACUGACCACUGUGGCCUCGUACUGUCACCCUCACAGAGGUCACUUUCAGCCAUACCCUUUAAUGGUUCGUGUUUAUGAUCGUUCAGACGGUGAUGAAAGUGAAUUGUGUGGGGUGGGGGGGUUGGAUGGAGCCUACUGUGUCGAUCCUUGCCAAGGGAAAAGGGGGUGGAGAAGUGUUGGCCGGCCCACGUUUGACGAGCAAUGCCCACUGCCGACCUGUUGGCCUAUCAGGCUGGCCGGGAGCACCGACAAAAAAAAGAAAUGUGGACUGAGCACUGACCCUCCCCAACCUCAGGCCUCAGACGCCCUGAAAACUUUCUAAAAAGAGAAAUGUGUACAUUCCUGUAAAGUCCACUUGCUCUGUUUCGUUCUCCUUGUGUCCGAAUGUUCUCCUGUACAUAGUAGAAUUAAAGGAUGCUGUCUUCAGACUCUG